AGGCUUGUCUACUUAAAACCGGACGCGUGUAGAACCUAAACUCUCCCUGCACUUGCAAACUCACCAUCAUACAUCAAUUCCAUACACAUUCCUCUGUCUAUUCUCUUCUGAACAUUUUCCGCAAAACCCCAUUUCAUGGCUGCAAAAUUAGGCUCUUUCAGGUACAGUUUUAAUGAAAAAAGUGAAAAAGAGAAGCUCAUCUCAAAUGGGCUUCAAGAUGAUGAUCAAGAACAGCAAGAAGCACCUUCUAAGUCAUCCGGGUAUUCUUGGUUUGGCCUUAUAAGUGAUAAAGUUGAGGCUUUUUCCAAGAAGUUGAAGUAUGUUGGUGUUAAGGCUUGGGAAAUGGGAAGAUCCGACCCGAGAAAGAUUGUGUUUUCUGCUAAGAUGGGUCUUGCUUUGGUGCUCAUUUCUUUGCUUAUUUUCUUUAAGGAGCCUGUUGAAGAGCUUAGUCAGUUUUCUGUUUGGGCUAUUCUUACUGUUGUGGUUGUUUUCGAGUUCAGUAUAGGAGCGACUUUAAGCAAAGGAUUUAACCGUGCACUAGGAACAUUAUCAGCUGGUGGGCUUGCUUUAGGAAUGGGUGACAUGUGCCAGUUGGCAGGAGAGUGGGAGGAGGCUGUAAUUAUCGUGAGUAUAUUUGGAAUAGGGUUUCUGGCAACUUAUGCAAAGCUGUACCCAACAAUGAAGCCGUAUGAAUAUGGUUUUCGCGUGUUUAUAUUGACAUAUUGUUUUAUAAUGGUUUCUGGGUAUCAGACGAGAACAUUUUUAGACACAGCAGUGAACCGCUUCAUUCUUAUUGCGCUGGGUGCUGGUGUUUCUUUGGUGGUAAAUAUCUUUAUCUACCCUAUCUGGGCUGGAGAAGAUCUGCACAAUUUGGUGUCAGAAAACUUUAUGGGUGUUGCUCGUUCAUUGGAAGAAUGUGUGAACGGAUACCUUCACUGUCUUGAAUAUAAGAGGGUCCCUUCCAAAAUUCUUACGUACCAGGCUUCGGAUGAUCCAGUUUAUAGCGGCUAUAGAUCAGUUGUCCAGUCUGCAAGCCAAGAAGAUGCUUUGGUGGGCUUUGCCAUCUGGGAGCCACCACAUGGUCGUUACAAAAUGCUGAAAUAUCCUUGGAAAAAGUAUGUCAAAGUGGCUGGUUCAUUAAGACAUUGUGCAUUUAUGGUUAUGUCAUUGCACGGGUGUAUGCUCUCUGAGAUACAGGCUCCUGCUGAGAGAAGACAAGUGUUUCGCAUUGAACUUCAAAGGGUUAGUACUGCUGGUGCCAAAGUAUUACGUGAGCUUGGGACUAAAUUGAAAAUGAUGGAGAAAUUAGGAACUUCAGAUAUAUUAUUUGAAGUUCAUGAGGCUGCUGAAGAUUUGCAACGAAAGGUUGAUCGAAAAUCUUAUCUCCUUGUCAAUUCAGAAUGCUGGGAAAUCAAAAAAACAUCAAGCUUAAAGGAAGCCUCUCAAGAUCUCCCGCAAACAAACAAUGACGACGAUCAAAUUUAUAAAUAUAACUCUCGUAGUGAAGCUUUGCUUGAUCUUUCAAGUUGGGAUGUGAAAUCUGAAACAAAUAUCAAGAUUAUUCCACCUGAACAAACCCCUUCUGAUAAAAUAUUUGCAAGACAGAGGUCAUUACCUACACAUAGGUCAGGUAAAGGUCAUGAAGCUCCUGAAAAGCAAGAAUCAACUACAUACGAGAAUGCCAGUGUCUUGUCCUUGGCAACAUUUACAUCACUGUUGAUCGAGUUUGUUGCUAGGCUUCAAAAUCUUGUUGACGCUUUUGAAGAGCUAAGUGAGAUGGCAAAGUUUAAGGAACCUGUUGACCAUAACUGAUGCAAGUUAUAGAGCAGGUUGUCGAGGUAUUUCAGUUUCGCAAUUUUCAGUUGUGAGUCUAUUAGAUUAAAAUACCUGCAUAGUUCGACCAUAUGAAGUUCCUAUAAAUGCCGUGAUGAAACAAGCAACCUAACAAUAUAGCUAAUCAUCGGCAGUAAAUCUGAGGAUAUGAAAAUCCUCUGACAUGGAGCAAUUACUCUUUCGCUUAUAAAUAGACAUGGUUAUGAGCUACUAGGAGUGGCUACAGAUCUGCUUUUCAAAUCUUUAGAAAAGGCGCCAGAUAUAUUACUCGAAUACAGUAGUACUGGAGAAAUGAAUUGUAAGAGGAUUUGAUAUAUCGAGAGAAAUGAAUUGUCUCCGUGACAGCUAAUUUUGUAGA